AAGAGAAGCCCUUUUGCAAUAGACAAAACCACAGAGUUGGCUCUGCAAGAUACAUUUAGGUCACACUGCAUGUGCAUGGAGAGAGAUGAGCUAGAAGGCUGCUCUGCAUGAGCAACUUCCGUACCAGAGAUCAUAACUUGUUGAAUGUUUUGAAGUGGGACUGUUUUUUUAUUAUGUCCACCACCAAGGUGACAUCAAACCAACAAACAAACUCCCCGGGAGCACCUUCACUCAGGGCUUUCUGAGUGGUCGUCUGACUGACUGUGUAGAGUAUGAACAACCACAGUUCUGGAUCGUACCACCCUCCGGCUGAACCAUUGGUGAUGCCUGUUCUGGUGGUAAUUAUCUUCGUGACGGUUGCUGGCAACCUACUGGUCAUCCUCACCAUCGCCCGCACCCUCCACCUCCAGACCACCACCAACAUCUUUGUCAUCUCCCUGGCCUGUGCUGACCUUAUCAUGGGCUGCCUGGUGCAGCCUCUGGGGGCCUCCCUAGUGGUGACGGGGGACUGGCUCCUUAGCGGCACAGCCUGUGAGCUCUGGACAUCCAUUGAUGUCCUCUGUGUGACAGCCAGCAUUGAGACGCUGUGCACCAUCGCUGUGGAUCGCUAUAUCGCCAUCACACGGCCUCUCAGGUACCAGUCUCUGCUUGGGAAACGUCAGGCGUGGCUCAUGGUGUGUGUGGUGUGGGGUGUGGCAGCCCUCAUCUCUAUAGUCCCAAUCAUGAGCCAGUCGUGGCGUGCUCAUAACGACACCGGGAGCAUGCAGUGCUACGAGGAGCCACACUGCUGUGACUUCAUCACCAACAUGCCCUACGCCAUCGUGUCCUCUGUUGUGUCCUUCUACGUCCCCCUGCUGAUCAUGAUCUUCAUCUACAGCAGAGUCUUCCUCAUCGCCACACGGCAGGUCAGGCUUAUGAAUGAAAACAAGCUGCGUUUCCUCAGUUGGUUUGACAUCCCCCCAUCAGAGUGUCAAAUAGUCAGCCCUGGGAGUCCCAAUGGCAGGGAUGGGAGCAUCACUGGCAGGGCUGUGAGUCCCACUGGUAGUAUCACUGGCAGGGCUGGGAGCACCACUGGCAGAGCUGGGAGCAUGAACAGGACUGGGAACAACGGCAGGGCUGGGAGCAGCUUCAUUUUUGACUCCAUACAGUGGAGAAGCCAGGGCCGCAGGCACACUCGGGUAACUGUCAUAAAGGAACACAAAGCCAUCAAGACCCUGGGGAUCAUCAUGGGGACCUUUACUCUGUGCUGGUUGCCCUUUUUUGUGUCCAACAUCAUCAAGGUGUUUGACCCAGAUAUCCCCACCAGGGAAGUUUUUAUUCUGCUCAACUGGCUGGGCUACCUGAACUCAGGCCUCAACCCCAUCAUCUACUGCCACAGCCCAGAGUUUCGCUCAGCCUUCCGGAACCUUCUAUGUUGCCUGUGGCUCUCUAAGGUGGGGCUCAACAGAGUCUUCAAGGGGCUGUGGACUAGUGCCAUGUUGGAGGAGAGUAGAGCCAAUGCAGGGACACAUAGCUGCCAGGGCCUGAGACAGGGGCAGAGGCAGGAUCAGGAGCAUGGACUGGGGCAGGAGGGACUGUCUCUGCCGCUAACACCCAUUCAACACAGUCCAGACGGAAAGGAUGUCACUGACACAGCGACAGUCUGAGAGAAAGUCACACCUAUAUGGUAUAUACAGCAUGAAUGCACUAGCUCUAUUUGGUUGAUUGCAUUGUUGGCUUCAUCAAAUUUACAUGAUACACAAGGGUUCAAAAAGGUUUUUUCGGCUGUCCCCAUAGGAUAACUCUUUUUUUGUUCCAGAGAGAACCCCUUUUGGUUCAAUAUAGAACCCUUUUGGGUUGCAUGUAGAACCCUCUGUGGAAAGGGUCCUACAUGGAACCCAAAAGGGUUCUUCAAAGGGUUCUCCUAUGGGGAAGGCAAAAUAAGCCUUUUAGGUUCCAUAUAGGACCUUUUUUUAAGAGUGUACAAUUCACACAUUUAGAGAUGAGGAAUAAGGAACAAAUGCAAAUACCUGUAUAUAUAUACACAGGUAUCUGUUGAUUAUCACUACAGCAACAGCUUCCAGGAACGAAACAAUAUUUACAUCUUACAGUUAUUUGGGAAAUAAGCAAAAGGAAUAAAACAACAAGAUGUACAUAACAACUGCCAAGUGGUACAGUAUAUAUACAUAUACAGUGGGGAGAACAAGUAUUUGAUACACUGCCGAUUUUGCAGGUUUUCCUACUUACAAAGCAUGUAGAGGUCUGUA